AUGGCAAUGUGGAUCCCUCAAAGAUUGAUCCGUCUUUUUUUCCUUCAUGCUAUCCUUAUAGUAUCAACCCAAUCAUCUGCUUCAACUUCACAGAAAAACAGAAAUUUGAUUCGCCAAACGUUCAGGCGUACCAAUAACUUCAACCUUUGUGCCGCAUCUCUAGAAUCAGACCCUCAAAGUUUGAAAGCAGAUGUCAAAGGGCUCGCUCACAUCAGUCUUCAACAAGUUAUGGUUAAAGCUAAUCAAACAUUACAGAUUGUGGGAAAACUAUUUAAUCAAACCCAUGAUCAUUUAGAUUACGAAUUCUUAGGAACAUGUAUUGAAGAAUACAACAAAGCUGUGUCAAUUGAACUACCAGGAGCAAUCAUUGCAUUGAAUUCCAAUGACUAUGGAGAAUCAAAACAAGGUGCAGCUAAUGUUAGGGACGAUGCCAACCUGUGUAAACAGCAGUAG